AAGAAAACGAAAACACAGUCAGUUUGGCGGUGCCGCUGAAAAGGAAGGAAGGAAGAGAUAUCCACUGUCCCAAGCCAGAAAGUCAAGGCUUAAAAUCUCGACUCUUCCUUCUCUCUUUUCUUGCUCUCCUCUCUGUUUAUCUCUCUGUGGAGAAGAAAAUGAACUCUCUUUGUAAAUUACCAAACAGCCUAAUCUCAUAUCUGCUAUCGUCAUCCAAAUCUAAUUAUUAUAGUACUUGCAAUUCCGAGGAAGGUUCUCGAUUAUUGAAAGACUAUGCGACGCGGGAAUUCAAUGCUUUCCUGUGGAUUUCUCUUGUUACCAUCACUGCUCUCUUGCUAGAGAAGGUUUUCAAGUUGUUUAGAUUAUGGGCUAAAGCGAGGAGAAUCACCGGCCCUGCUUGUACUUCCUUCUUCGGGCAUAAGAACUUUGGUUCCCGCUGGAAUUUCAUCGACCUGCUGUCGGAGCUGCACAAUAAAUAUGGAUCAGUUUUCAAGUUGUGGUUGGGGCCUACUCAGCUUCUGGUAUCCAUAAAAGACCCAGAACUUAUCAAAGAGAUGCUUUUGAAGGCCGAGGACAAAUUGCCUUUUACUGGAAAGGCUUUUCGUUUAGCCUUUGGACGAUCAAGCCUUUUCUUCUGCUCCUAUGAUCAGGCAGAAAAAAGGAGAGAAUCAUUGGCAUUGCAGUUGAAUGAAAAGUUGCUUGGUAGAGCAAAUGUAAUUCCUAAAUAUGUCAUAGAUUGUGUCAUGGAAAGACUAGAUGAGAUGAGCAAAGGAGUUGUUGAUUGUAAAAUGGUUUCUCAGCAUAUGGCUUUUACCAUUUUGGGGACAACACUCUUUGGAGAUGCAUUCUUGGCAUGGUCCAAGGCAAAUUUCUAUGAGGAGCUUCUAAUGAUGAUUGCUAAAGAUGCCUCCUUUUGGGCCUCAUAUAGAGUUACUCCCUUCUGGAAACAGGGAUUUUGGAGGUACCAGUCUUUGUGCACUAAUUUGAAAUAUUUAACUCAGGACAUUGUUCAACAGUGCAGAAAAAACUGCAAACUUUUUCACCAUGUGGAUCAAAACUCCAAUGAUGAAACUGUCAAAUAUGGGAUGAAAGCUGCAUCUGGCAUGCCAACAUCUGGUGAUGUGUUGCAAGAUAAAUUCUCAAGGGAGAUUGAUGGCCAUCAUAAUUUAAGGGAAGAGCCGUGUGGGAAUAUUAUGGGUAUGAUGUUUCAUGGAUGCAUUGCCACUGCAGGUUUGGUGACUAAUAUCUUGGAGAGGCUUGUCACAAAUCCAGAGAUACAGGAUAAGAUAUACUCAGAGAUUAUUAUUGUAAGGCAAGGGUCAAUGAAAGAUGCUGAAAACGUUGAUAAGAUGGUUUUGCUGUUGGCAACUAUUUAUGAAUCAGCUCGACUUGUGUCACCAGGACCUUUGCUACAAAGAUGUUCUUUGAAAGAUGAUUUGAGACUCAAAAAUGGUGUAAUUAUACCAGCUGGAGCAGUACUAGUUGUACCUGUGCAUUUGCUGCAGAUGGAUGAUGCUAGUUGGGGCAGUGAUGCUAGCAAAUUUAAUCCAUACCGGUUUUUGUCAAAAGUUGGAAAGGUUUCUGAUUCAGAGCAGGAUAAUUCAUUUACAGAGGUUUCUGAAGGUGCUGUUGACCUGACUCGGAGCUCAUUCAUUUUGAAUGAUCCAAAUGACAAUGCAGCAUUUCUUCCCUUUGGUUCUGGUACACGUGCGUGUGUGGGUCAGAAAUUUGUAAUGCAAGGAGUUGCCACUUUGUUCGCUUCAUUACUUGAACGCUACGAGGUAAGGCUUCAACCAGGAUUGGGAAAUGACCCAAAAUCAACCGGUCCAGAGAUAGUAUUUGUGAGGAGAAGCAGUCAAAAGAAUGAAUAAAUGUGAAGGUUACUGUGCAAGAACAAGCUUUUCUAUUGUUGCUUCAACAACCAUUAUUGUAUAACCACUUAAACCGAAAAAAAUCCUUUCUUAUCCUUCCUGUGUCUGCAGAAUAGAUGGGGUGGUCAUUUCCUUUUUUUGCUUAGUAGCUGCUAAAGAGGAGAAUGUCGCAUGAGUAUGUUUUAUGUCUCAUGCUUUUUCUCUUCAGGUUUUUAGAAUAGCUAGAGUGCUGUCCUUGAUGCCAUGAUAAUUGGUUUGGUUUUGAAGCACUCGAGCCUGUAUUCGCUACCGAGCCUAGCGGUUUUCUUCCCCAUCUUUCAUCUUUGAAGCUCCUACUAUUAUUAUUAUUAUUAUUAUUAUUAUUAUUAUUAUUUCUUGUAGUUCUAUCGUGUGAACUUUAUUAAUUUUUUUUUUCUCUCCAAGAGGGAGUUUAUGUUGUAACUUGAUGCUUACAGAAUGAUGUGUGAUGUUAUAUUCUUAAUUUAUGAAUAAAUUUUGCAUGAUCAAUUGCUUUAUACAA